UUUUUAACCAAAAUUUUAGCCCAAAUUCCCUCCGUCCGCCAAAAAUCCUCAAAACCGGCCUACUCACAAAACCUAGUUGAAAUCUCUUCAACGGUGACACCCCUCUUAAUCUCAGCGGCGGCCUCACCUCAUCUCUGCAGCGGGCCAGCGGCCUCACCUCAUCUCUGCAGCGGGCCAGCGGCCUCACCUCAUCUCUGCGGCUCCAUGCCCCUAGUAAGACACUUAGCGGGCUGUGGUGGGAUGGACUUACCACUAAGGUCUCACCGCAUCUUUGCACCUGCACAUGGUCUUGCCGGUAUCUCUUUUACCAAAUCACUUUCUUUAUACCUUAUCUAUCUAGAAAUCGAAUUAAUGUUGUUUAAUGAAUACUAUACAUAUGUAGAAGGAAUUGAACUUAACUACGGUUAUCCAUGAGGUAUAUUCCACCAAUCUUGGGAAAGGUAUAAUUUUGUAUAUUUUGAGCUAGCUAGGGCUAUCCAUGAAGUAUACAGAGUACUUCGUAUUUGUUUUAAAUUUUCAUUGUGGCGUAAGUGUUCUUUCAUGCACCAGUUCUUAAGCCUCUUGGUUUCAGGUAAAUUUCUUUACGAUUUUUUGUUUUUUUGUUUUUACCAUUUUAUCAAGAAUGCUUAUAAUACCACCUGUUCUUGUCGUUUUUGUCAAUGCAUCAGGAACUCUGGCAAUAGGGGCUAUUCAACUUUGGCACUCAUUAUUCUCCUGAUUUUUGUGCUCUUUCUUGAAUUCCAGAUUUCACUUACAUGCUUUCUAUCUUGUGCACUUGCUGCUGGAGCUUGUAGCAAAAUAAAGGAAAAGAAAAGCCCAAUUUACUCUAUUUGUGCUAUGGUUCAUUUGUAAAAAGCUGUCUAUUUUUCAUGAGUUCUUUUUUAAUGAGCUACUCUGUAUUUUUUCUGUACACAAGUCAUUUGAAGAUUCUGAAAUACAAUAUGGUUUCAUUUAAAGAUGUAGGGGUGCUGGGCAGAAGAGCAAAUGGAACUCAUUGACCUGAAGAUGUAUCAGGGAGUUUGGGCUGCUCAACACCGUCUCCACCUCCUACUUCAUUUGGAAAGAACCAUAUGGUCAAUAUGGUGUCAUUUAAAGGAGCAAAGGCUGCCAAGCAGAACAAAUCAAACUCUGUGUGACUCCAGGGACAUUAGACAUGCAUUUCAGAUUGCUCAACAUCGUCUCUGCCCUCUAUUGCGUGUGUUAGGAUGUUUGUAUUCACUAGAUAGCGUGUUUGGUGUAUUUUGAUGUUCUAAAUGACGUGUUUGGGUUGUAUUUUGAUGUUCAAAAUGACUUGCAUUGGGAUGUUAUUUUUUAUUCUUGUUGACAAUGAUUACUAAAUUCUAGUAUGUGUUUAUUUAUGUGCGCCUAUGAUGGUAUGUAUACCAAUUUAAUGUGUUAUUG